AUGAACAAGGGUCAGAGGGGGAACGCCUAUGGCUUCAAAGUGUCCUCACUCAACAAGAUUGCUGACACCAAGUCCAGCAUUGACAAGUAAGAAAUGUUUUGGCUUGAGCAUAUUUCAUUUAUCCUUUAUGUAUACAGGAAAAAUCCCAUUGACAUAAAAAAUGUAUUGUGCAUAGACCUGUCCAAAUGACACCGCACUAAGAGUAUUGAAAAGAGAGUGAUGAUGUGUGUUGUGUGUGAUAUAAAUUCUAAUGUGUGGUAUGAAUUAUAAUGUGUGAUAUGAAUUUAAAUGUGUGAUAUGAAUUCUAAUGUGUGGUAUGCGUGUUUGUAGGAACAUCACUCUGCUGCAUUACCUGAUCACCAUCCUGGAGGAGAAGUAUCCCAAAGUGGCCGUGUUCCAGGAGGAGCUUCAGAGUGUUCCAGAGGCAGCCAAAGUCAAGUACGAGCUGCUGCUAAGGCUGACUGAAUCAGAUCCAACAACCACACACACACACACACACACACGGAUGCUGUUUCAUAAACCUAAGUUGCUCUCAUGUCUGUGUAGUAACUGUGUGUAAUUACCCUUGCAACAACAUUGUAAUAGUUUAAUUUUCCUCUCUAAGCCAAAUUAAUGGUGCCUGGCUUUAAGUAGAGAGGGUAAAAGGUUAAGACCGUAUUGCAGUGUGUAUUACCUUACACGCUGUGUUUACAGAGAGAGUCAAAGGUCAUGUUUAUAUUGUCUGGAUGUGUCAGAGGCACAGGUUGUCCUAAUAGCCCCUAUUUCAGUGAUCCUCUUGAAAUGUGGAAAGUGUGAACUGUGAACCCUAGAACCUUCAAAAUGUCAAGGUGUUUCCUGUCGUACCACAACAAAGCAAUAGUAGUAGCAGUCAGCAUAAUCCAGAGAUUUAGGGAGAAAGAAAACAGUAAGAAAACAGUAAAAUAAUUAUAAUAAUUCAGGUCGCAAAUAUAGAUAAUCUAAGUUAGAGUUUCUGUUAAACCUAGUGAACCCUGUAUCCAUGCCUUUCCUGACUGAGAAGGAAGAGAGUUAGGUUUUAUCCUCACACAUUUCCUGUCUCUAAGUUGGGGCUUGGUUGGAGCAGAUGGUUUGUAAUUGUUUCACGUCAAUAAACUCCUCUCUCCACUCCCUUUCUUUCCCUUUCGUCCUCUCGUCUCCUCUCGUCUCUCUCCACUCCCUCUCUUUUUCUUUCCUCCUCUCCUCUCGUCUUUCUCCACUCCCUCUCUUUCCCUUUCCUCUACUUUUGUCCACAGUAUGACAGAGCUGGAGAAAGACAUCAACAACUUGCGCUCUGGACUGAAGAGUGUGGAGACGGUGAGUGGCCAUUUCUAUUGGUUUUCCCUUAAUGGAGCCACACAUGAUAUCAGAGGCAGUAUACUUGGGCUUGCACUCCUCUACCUCCUGUUCAUGAGUCUCAGUAGGUUUCCAAUGACAGAACGCCAAAGAUUAGGGCCUGGAGUUUUGCCUGGUCAUAUUACAUGGUCAUACAAAACUCCUGGCCCUAGCAGUGAUCAAUCUGAAAUGGGCAUGGUACUGUACUCUUGUGUUGUGGGUUGUCUGAUGACAGUCAUAUAACAUCCUGUAAUGCUGUUCCUUACUGUAUAGGAGCUGGAGUUUCAGAGAGGUCUUCCUCAGGUUUCGGGUGAUAAGUUUGUGUCUGUGGUGAGCCAGUUCAUCACCAUGGCCAGCUUCAGCUUCUCAGACGUGGAGGAUUCUUUGACCGAGGCCAAGGAGCUGGUGAGAACCGGCGGGGGCCGGGUCUGGGGAGCGCAUUGUCCGUCUGUCCCCUCCUCCUCAAGCUUCUCUCCACAACUAGGAGCUCUGAAGGAGCUAUAAAACUAAAAUAUGGUCGCUUUAAAGAUUUUUAAAAGGCAGCGCAAAUGGCAAAUCCUGUACUUUAUACUUGGUCACAUAACCAAGUAGGUAGCACACAUUAAGUGUUCUUACUGCAGCUUUGAAGUCACCUUUUCAAACAACCAAUAUACUUGGAAAUAUUAUGCCUCGUGUUUCACUGUAUUUAAAUGUGGAAGAUGUAGUAACUCACGUCUGUUCAAGGCUGACAGUCUACCUGCAUGGACAUUGGAACCUCUGAAUAUAAACAGUUCAUGUUUAACUGAGAUGGGUCAAGGCUAUCAGUUUCAAAGCCAUGGUUUUCCCCCUGGGUCUCCCCUUCAUGAAGUGCCAUGUGGAAUGUAUUUGAUACAUGUGCAGUGCACAGUGGAUGAGGGUUAUUUAUGUGUCAAGUUACACUUUACAAUGGAAACGAGGAGGAAACCACCUCUGUUGGGAGCAGACCUGGGUUCAAUUAAUAUUUGAAAUCUUUAAAAUACAGAAUGUUUGCCCUACCCUGCCUGGAGUGCCAGGUGGGCAGGGUUUGCACUUUUGCGACUAUACUGUUGGUUCCAAUGUGCCAGACAAGCUCAAUCAAGCCCAGAGAAAGUAUUAGUUAUGAUUUCAAAUAGUAUUUGAACCCAGGUGUGAUGGGGUACCCAGGUCUCACACAUUCAUCCCUUGUGUAAUACUGAAAGAAAGUUGACCUACAUUCACACUAAAUCACCUGUGUGACACAUUGAUUGCAUUUUAUUACAUCUAGAGGAAAAGCUGUUUGACCAUCAAAGUAUUUGGUGUCUAACGUUAUUUUCUCUCCAGUUUUUGAAGGCAGUGCAGCAUUUCGGUGAGGAUGCAACCCGUAUGCAGCCUGACGAGUUCUUCGGAAUCUUCGACCAAUUCCUGCAGGCGUUCACAGAGGCCAAGCAGGAGAAUGAGAACAUGCGCAGACGCAAGGAGGAAGAAGAACGACGGGCCCGCAUGGAAGCACAGGUUAGAUUGUUAAGAUUGUCUAUCUCCGACCAAAACACUAGAGAGAGUCACCUAUGGUCACCAUUUAACCACCCAGUCAUUAUGCAACAACUAUUACAAAUGGGUAUCAAACCAGUUUAUUUUACUCUUGACCAACACACACUCAAAUGCACGUGCUGUACUGCUAAUUUACUCAAUACACCAAAUACAUCCGUCACACACUAUAUGCUACUGUAGCUAUGUGUCAAAUAGUCACUCCUGUUUUGUCCUCUCAGCUGAAGGAGCAGAGGGAGAAGGAGCGCAAGUCCAGGAAGGCUAAGGAGAACUGUGAGGAGGACGGUGAGUUCGACGACCUGGUUUCAGCCCUGCGCUCUGGGGAGGUGUUCGAUAAGGACCUGUCCAAGAUGAAACGCAACCGCAAGCGCGUCAACUCAUCAGCUGAAACCAGCAGGGAGCGGCCGGUCACGAAACUGAACCUCUAA